AUGAUUGCAGCAGCUUUUGGGGCAGAAGUGCAAGACACAUUCGGGCAACAUGCGGUCUCGAAGAUGCCAUCCGGCGGGGUGAUUAAGCGACUUGGCAAGGCCAAGAUGACAGGUCAUGCAGCUAUGUGUCGGGAUAUCCUCGCUAAAGCGGGCUUGUCAGCAAACAUUGCAAUGACUGCUAAGAAGUUCCUUGCACAUAAUCAUCAUGUCAUUUGCCCGGCGGACUAUGUUUCAGCAUUGGCUGCAACUGGAAAGCUUCAGAACCUUACGGGCGACCAGCCAUUGCAACCAACAUUAUUGCGAUUCUGGGAACUCUUUGCAGCUUACCGCCCUGGCCAUCCUGCGCUAGCAAAUGGUCUGGAAGCGUGCGCUUUUUCUGUUCCCAUACUUUUAUUUGGUGAUGAGGGACGGGCUCUCAAGAAGCAAGCGGCCAUGGUGCUAGGUUGGGAGCCUAUGAUAGGAUAUGGGUGCCUCAGUCAUUGCGACGAUGACCCUUCGCCUUUGCAUGGUCACAUGCUGAACAGGACAGGGUCUACGUACAAGACACGUGUGCUCUACACGAUUAGGUACAAAAGAUCAUACGGGAAAAAAAGUCAAGUGCUACUGGAGCUGAUUCAGAGCUGGGCCACUGACCAUGCAGCAGCAAUGGCAGGAAUCGAUGUCAUGUACGAGGGCGCCAAGAUCUCUCUGAAGCUGGUUCCCAUGGGCCUCAAAUCAGACUGGGCGGCUAUGGCAAAGCUUGGUCAACUGGGACGUUCAUUUUAUCAUGAUAGUACCCCAUUUGGCAAAGGCAUCUGCCAUUUAUGCUUGGGGAAUACCGAGGCAUGCCAUGAGUGGACAACUGAAACAUGGAAAACCACAAUGGGUGACAGCUACUUUCCCCCGUGGUCGGUGGAGCCACAUCUCGUGCAAUGGCUAUGUGCAGAUUAUGAGAAUGACUGGGAGAAGGCAGCUUUCUUUCGACUGGAUCUCUUUCAUAUUUGCCACAAAGGCACCAUGGCCGAGCUUGCUGGGUCAGCGCUGGUCACGAUCCUGGACACAAAUUUGUUUGCUACUGCGGGAUCCUUUGAGACGAAGAUGGAAGGUAUCUUCAUGCUCCUGAAGAAGUUCGCUAAGGAUGAACACUUGUCGUUGCAUAUGAGCGCGUUGACAAGAACCCUGCUUCGCUUUCCUGAUGCCAACAGCUUUCCGGCGGGGCCACUUCAAUUACUUAGCAUGGAGGUUGUGUGA